AGUCCCCCAAGCAGGACUUGUAGGGCGCAAGGAAACUUCAGUGAGUGCGGGUGAUUCAGAUCAUCGCCAUCGCCAUCGCCAUCGCCAUUAUUCACAGCUCACACCCAAUUUUUUAUCUGUGCUCUUCAAUCGUCAUCAUUCAGACUUCAAUAACUUUUCGUUUUGCAUUUUUGUCUUGCUUUACAAGAAACUUUGAACCAGUCAACCCUUUCCCCUCUGUUUAUCCAUCCUCAAGCAUUAGUUUUUGUUUAUGUUAUUAUAAACUCAAAAAGCUGGAGUUGUGAUUUCUUGAAAAAUACCACAAUCUAGAACGAAAGAAGAAUAGGGAUCAGUAGUAAUGCUACCUCUAUUGAAGCUCGGAACGCUUGCCCUAAAAACUCUGAGCAAACCCAUUGCCGCUAAACUCAAGAAGCAGGCCGGGAUUCACCCGAAAUUCAGAAAUGUGAUAGUUAGCGUGGCCCAGGCUAAUCACAGGAUCACAACAACCAUGCAAAGGCGCAUAUAUGGUCAUGCAACAGAUGUGGAAAUUCGACCUUUGAAUGAAGAGAAGGCUGUUCAAGCUGCAGUUGAUCUCAUGGGGGAACUUUUUGUCUUCUCGGUGGCAGUGGCUGCACUGAUCUUCGAGGUACAGAGAAGUGCUCGAUCAGAAGCAAAAAAAGAGGAAGUUCGCAGGCAGGAAAUGGAGGGAAUGAGACAACGGGAUGAAGAGUUAGCGCAAGAGGUAGAGCUUCUGAAGCAAAAAUUAGCAGAGAUCGAACAAAUGGCCAAGGUACGAGGCCUUGCCGGAGUGUUUAAUUUCAGACAGGCUCAAGCUGAAGAAGCCAAGCCAUCACCUGUAGCUUGAUCUGCUAUAAUCAUGAAUAAUUCAUCUAAUAUUGGGUGAUACAGAGGGCUCUAUUUUACCCUUGAAUCUGUGGCCUCACCCUGAUUCACCUCUUCCUAUUCUUUUACCCAUUUUUUUUUUUUCUAAAUUAAACUGUAGAAAAUAAGAAGAUAGAUCAAAUUCUUGCCAUAUUCUUUGAUGAUAAGUUAACAAGCUGGGUGCGCCACAGGAGUUUUUGGUUGAUGUAAUCUUCUGGUUGUUUGUUUGUGAGAAAGCCUUAACAGAUGCAUGAUGAAUUGAUGAUGGAAUGUAAUUCCAUUUGGGCCA